AUGGGUUCCGUCGUCCUGCCCCAUUUGCAUACUGCAUGGCACGUUGACCAGGCCAUCCUCAGCGAGGAAGAUCGCCUUGUGGUCAUUCGAUUCGGUCGAGACCAUGACGUCGACUGCAUGCGCCAAGAUGAAGUCCUCUUCAAGAUCGCCGAGCGAGUCAAGAACUUCGCCGUGAUUUACCUCUGCGAUAUCGACGAGGUGCCUGAAUUCAACACCAUGUACGAACUGUUCGAUCCGAUGACCAUCAUGUUCUUCUACCGAAACAAACAUAUGAUGUGUGAUUUCGGAACCGGAAACAACAAUAAAUUAAACUGGGUGCUCGAAGACAAGCAGGAGCUGAUCGAUAUCAUUGAGACGAUCUACAAGGGUGCCAAGAAGGGACGUGGUCUGGUCGUUAGUCCGAAGGUCCUCACCAAAGUCGAAUCAUUCCAAGACAAAAGCGCAAUAAAAGGGGUAAAAAUGAUUGACCACGCCAUUUUCGAAAACCUCCAGACCAAGAUCGAUGAGGAGGCUGCAGUCCGCGAUGUAAGUCGGCGUCGAUCUACGCAGGCGAUUCUGUCUAGAGCGCAUUCAACGCCCGCCGAACAAUUGAAACCCGUCCUUGACGACGCAACCAAGGAGAUCCUCGCUCAGCGCGAGGAAGUCACCCGGUUGAAGGGCGUCGCUGACAAGCAUCCCUUUUACAAGUACAAUGGCUUGUGGACUCGCGAGCUUCAGAACCUGGUCUCAUCGAUCGAGCUCUGCGCCUGGCUCGGUGGGUUUGAGGAGUACAAGAGCUCCAGCUCGACUUCGUUCUUGACCAUUGAGGAGGUUGGCAAGUUCUUGGAUGUCCCCGUGAACCUGAAGGAGCAGGAUGCGUUCCAUCUGACUAUCGAGGAGUAUCUGCUUGCGUUGAUCUCGAUGGUUGAGGAGCUGGCUCGCUUGGCCGUCAACUCCGUUACUCUCGGAGAUUAUACCCGUCCGUUGCAGAUUGGCAACUUCAUCAAGGACCUAUUUGCUGGGUUCCAGCUCUUGAAUCUGAAGAACGAUAUUCUACGCAAGAGGAGCGAUGGGAUCAAGUACAGCGUCAAAAAGGUGGAAGACGUGGUUUACGAUCUUUCGUUGCGCAAUUUGAUUCCCAAAGGCGGUGCUGCGGCUUAA